CUUUCUCGAUCUUCUCUAUCUCUCGAGUACGCCCACCAACACGUCCACUACAAACCGCAACCCUCUCCGUCUGCACUUAUCCACCCUCUUUUUCGCCCUCGCUCUCGCCGCCGCCGUACUCUCGCAGUACCCGUCCAUGCUCAGAAGCCUGUUCGCCUCUUUCUCUACUACCCCCGCAAAACAUACCAUGGUCAAUUUCAAGACACCCCCAGGACCUACAGUUCCCACCGCCGUCAAGGCGAGGGAAGAGCUCAAAUCCGGUGAAGGUGUGGAACAUGCUACAUUCGCUUCAGGAUGUUUCUGGGGCACAGAACAUCUAUUUACCAAGCAUUUCGGCAACAUUCCCAACUUUUCUGCCAUAUCCGGCUACACCGGUGGUCAAUCCGACUCCCCUUCCUAUCGCCAAGUAUGCACCGGCGCCACCGGCCACGCCGAAGCCGUCAACCUCACCUAUCCCACCGGUUCCAUCCCCUACGCCGAACUUGUCGAAUUCUUCUACCGCACCCACGACCCCACUACCGUCGACCGUCAAGGACCUGAUACUGGUUCGCAGUAUAGGAGUGCAAUCUUCUAUAAUAACAAGGAGCAGGAGGACGUGGCGAGGAAGGUUACGGCGGAGGUGCAGGAGAAGUAUUUGAAAGGCAGACCGAUAGUCACCCAAAUCGCCCCAGUUGGAAAAUGGUUCAAGGCCGAGGACUAUCACCAACACUACCUGGAUAAUAACCCCGGCGGAUACGAAUGCCCCACUCAUCGGUUCUACUGGUAGUCGAAAAGAUCAGUAUCUCGCGAUGGCGUUUGAGGCUGUAGAUGGAUGGGAAGAUGGAGGCGAGGCGGAUGAGCAGAUGGAAAAUGGAUGCUAAACAUCUUCUCCAUAUGUAUCGAUGUCGCUGAAGGAUCCCGUGCUCCCAUCAUCUUGAGUCUAUGAAUCAUGGCUUCUUCACAUUG